AUGCCCGGAGCAAGCGUUGCUGUCUUGCCGCCACAGGCGGCAUCGACGUCGUCCCGAAAGACUUCUCUCGCACCUGAACGCAAAUACAAAUGCCAGUUUUGCAACCGAGCCUUUAGCAGAAGUGAACACAGAAGCCGACACGAACGGUCACAUACCAAAGAACGCCCUUUUAAAUGCAUGAAAUGUAGGAGUACAUUCGUUCGCCGCGACUUGCUACUUCGCCAUGACCGUACUGUACACGCCAAAGACGGCGGUGUUCCCCUGCACAGUGAUGGAAAGCGACGCGCAGGUCCCAAGACCCGAGGUAUUGAUGGUACACCCAAGUCAACACUCGCAACCCUUGAUGCCUCCACUCUGGAGCAGAUGGAUGGUCCUGAUGGCAUCUUUGAUGUUGAAGCCGCCGCCAUGCUUGUUGCCGACUUGCACCACAAGGCCACCGCCGCCAUGCGCAGUGAUGAAUCUGUUUAUGAUGACAGUCAGUCCAUGCCAUACUCGCCGCGUCCCUCCGCUGCUAUGGAGCCCGCAGUCACCUACCCCUCUGGCGCCAUUGCCUUGCCCCAGGUUCAGUGGGAAAGCUUCUUGUCACAGCCCGGUGCGGAGUCCAAGGCCCAUCCUAUUACUCCCAGUGUGGCCGGCUCCUUUGAUUCUCAACGUUCUUUCGCCAGUGCCGCUACCCUUCAGCCUCAUCCUAAUCAUCUGCCUCCCAUUAGUGUUCAGAAUCCUCACAGCUUCGUCCCAGCCGUUCAGUCUAUGCUGAGAUCUGCUUCACAUUCUGAUGCUGCUACGCCCAUGAGUCCCACUUUCGACUCAGCUCAGGCUGGCUUUAGAGCUCCCCUGUUCUCCGGCGAUGAUGAGCGCAACGCGUUGCUUGAUAUCAUUCACACUCAUGAUCGCGAGAAUGCCAUACCGGAGGGCUUCCGUCUACCUGGUCUUGGCUCGUUGAACCGCUACCUGUCGACUUACUUUGGCCUGUUCCAUCACCACCUGCCUUUCUUGCACCCAGCUUCCUUUAGCCCAGCUCAGGUUUCACCUCCUUUACUUCUCGCUGUAUUGAGUAUCGGAGCUCUCUACGCUUUUGACCAAGACCAAGCCUACAUGCUCCACAUUGGCUCCAAGGUGCUCGUCAAUCAAUUCCUGCAGAACAAGGAAAACUUCAGCUCUCGCAAGUGCCCACUUUGGACCAUGCAGAGCUCGUUGUUGAACAUGAUCUUUGCUAGCUGGAGCGGUGACCCCAAGGGACUCGAAUGGGCGUGCUCGAUCAAGAGUCUGCUCGCCAACAUGGUAGCCGGAAAUCGUUAUGAGCUCAAGUUACGCCAGGAAGCUCGCGGCAAUUCUACGCCCACACGCGCUGAAUGGGUCGAGGAUGAAGGUUGCCGUCGUACCUACUACGCAGUCUACAUCUUCUUUGGUCUGCUGACACUAACUUACAAUCACACUCCUGCAAUCAGCUUCAAUGAAUUCGAGGAUCUUCAGCUUCCGUCUACCGAGGGUCUCUGGAACGCGCAAGUCAACGAUGACUAUGCAUGGCAAGAACAUCUCACUGCUUCACCCGCUCUUACGUUCCUUGAGGCCCACGACAAUCUCUUUCAGGGCGAGACUCUGCAAUACAGCGCGUUUGCCACCCGUGUCAUGAUCAACGCCCUGUUUUUGGAGGUCUGGUAUCACAAAAGAAGCCCUGAAGCACUGCAGGACGUCGUCACCGAGUACAAGCUGCGUCUAGCGCUUGAAACUUGGGACAGGUCUCUCGAACGCUGUGAACCCGAGGCCGUCAGCGUUCCGCUUAGCGCCCCUCACAAGGGUCAUCCGCUGAUAUUUAAUGCCAAGGCCAUGUACCGAAACGCUCGUUCUCGCCUCGAGGUCGACCUGAAGGCUGUUCAAGAAGCUCUCCGUUAUCAUGACCCUUACGAAGUUGGUGCUGCCAUGUCUCACGCUCGCGAUCGCGUGAAGCGAUCGAGCGAGAUGAUCAAGGUCAUCGAGGAAUGCUAUAGCUGUAUCGAAACGGCCGUUUUGCAGGGCGUUCGAUGGGUUGCCCGCACCUCACCCACAAACUGGAGCGUAGAGCAUCCUUUGUGUGGGCUUGAUCUCAUGAUCAUUCUUUCGCUAUGGCUAUACCGUCUGGAACAUGACGAGGAGCCGGCGACGCAGGAAGAAUUGGCCAUGUACAACAAAGUAAGACAGCUUUUUGUCAAAGACCUCGAUGAGACCUACAUGUCUCGACUCAGCUCAAUUGUCGCUCGUCUUUGGGGCUCUAUGCUCGACGAAGUCGUAGUUUGGGGGAUAACUCGUCUCAUGGGAGAAUCUUUCAAGCUACACUCCCAAGCGCUCGUCGGCUAUGUCGACGAUCGUGAAGCUUCCUCAAACGUCUCCACUCCUUCGAUGAUUUCUCAAGGAGCAGACGAGGAUAGCGUGUACUAA